AUGAGAGGCGAGCCUACACCUGCAUGGGACUCUGGGAACAGCACCAUUUGGGAGGAAUACACCGACGUCGCCUUUGUGGUGGCAAACAGCUUGAUUCUGUUGAUCACUUCUGCCGUGGGGAUCGCGGCAAAUCUUUUUGUCAUACUGGCAGUUUAUCACCAAAAAUCACUGCAAACUUCGAAUAAUGCACUGGUGGUGAAUCUGGCAGUCACAGACACUCUGAGAUGCGUAAUUGACUGCCCCAUUCUCCUCAUCAUCAUCCUGACUGUGUAUCGAAGAGGAAGUGUGGUUGAGCUGCUCUGUGAUGCACAAUUGGCCUCUUUCUCCUUCAGCUGCUGCAUCCAGCUGUUGACACUGGCCUGUAUAAGCUCAGAGAGGUACCAGGCCAUCGCACAGCCCUUCAAAACAAGUCAAAGGCGAAGACGGAUCAUGUUGCUGAUUCCUCUCACAUGGGCCUUGGCUAUUCUGGUGGCUAUUUUUUGUCCGAUAUUUGUGAAGGACUCACCCGUGUAUCAGAGAUGCAAAGGAUUAUCAAGAGAGACAUCCUCCUCUUAUGACACUUUUGGACUUUACAUGUUGUUCCCACUUUGGGCAGCUUGUUUUAGUGUCAUUAUUGGAUUCUAUGCUCGCAUAUUUGCUCUUGUGAGAUCACACAAUCGCAAAAUAUUUGACAAAGGUACUUUUCUCCCUUCGAAAAAAGACAAAGAAAAAGUUAAGCAGGUGAAAGAAGAAACCACAGCUGUGGAAAAUGGACUUGGAAAAUCAGAGCAAAACCAGGCCCUGAGCAGAAGUGUUGCUCAGGUGGAACCGGCGACACAAGCUGAACCAAAUUUAUCCAAGACAGAUUCUACGGCCUCAAAAAAAGCUGCACAAUGCUCCUCUGUCGGUUCAGAGAAUAACAAAGAAUUAAAAAAUACACUGGAGAUAACUGACUUGGAAACGAAACAAUCUCACCCUCCUGCAAUGCAGGUUGCAGUGCAGACUGAGGAGAAACCUUUUAAAAUGGAGCAGUCUAAUCCCUGUGGCACGAAAGCUGAAGCAAAACCAUCAAAUGGAGAUGCUGCUGCUAGUGUUAAGAGCUCAACCACAAAGCCGCAGAAGGUGUCAAGCAAUUUCGACACAGAAAAGCAGUCCAAAGAGAGAGUGAAAAUUGACAAAGCGCCCUCUGAAAUGAAAGAAACCAGCCCCCAUGUUCCCCCGUCUGCACAGUUAGAAAAUCCUGAAUCCACUUCUGUUUUACUGAUUGAACUAAAACAAGCCAAGAGCAGCAGCAGAGGAGAAACACUGACUGUCGCUACAGUAGAUCAAGUGUCUUCAUUACCUCCCGUAUCAAGUAAUGUCCCUGAAACAGAAGCUGAAAAACAAAACACGGCAGUGGAAGGGGCUGUUUGCAUGAUGCCUUCAAAAGCGAGUAAAGAGAGAGCGCACAAGAAAAAAGAAAGUAAAAUGGCGAAGCGUGCUGGCUACAUAAUUAUAACCUUCGUCUUAUUCUGGCUGCCGCUGAUCACAACUAUCCUGAUGAACUUUGUUGUUUAUGGAAACAAGAAUACAGGGAUCACAGUCAUUCAGGACUUGGAGAUUCUGUCCGUGUCUGUCGCCUGCAUCACAUCACUGAGUGACCCAAUAAUAUACGCUGCAGUGAACCCUCAGUUUCGGACAGAGUUUUAUCGGCUGAAAACCAAAUUUGUGUCCAUUUUCAGUAAGAAAUGAUCAUUUCUCUUCUUCUGUCUACCUUUGAGUGGCACUAGACCAAAUUACCAUUUUCAAUAUUCACCAUAUAACUGAAUAUUUAAAUGGUGAAAACAUUUGUCUGGUCACUGCUCAAAUAUUAAACCUCCCAGACAUCAAAGUGUGAAUUUUCAUUUGGGUUUUGGAGGUAUAUUAUUUUAUACGCCGCUGCGUUAUCUCAGAUUUUAUGCAGGCUGACUUCACAGCAGUUACUAAACACCGCAGAGCAGAGGCGUUGCAUGCAGCGAGAAGCAGCCUGGACUGACGCAAUCAGCUCAGCAGGGGGACGCUGCUGAGUUCCCUGUCAAACAAUCACAGAGGCCUGCUCGUCUGUCUCCAGAGACCCUGCAGGCAGGACCCACCACUGGGCCAGUCAGGUCCUCACAUGUCAUCCUGCAGCACCUAAUUAUGGUCCCAUCCUCUUAUUAGUAAUGCUCUUUGAGUAAUCAGCCAAAACAUUAUGAAGCCCACCUAAUUGUCCUCUGGGAAAUAAAAAAGCAAAGAAAAGAAAAGACAU